AUGGCUGCUUCUUCUUCUGGUUGUUGUUCAUCAUCAUCAAAUUGUUCUUUAUCAGAAUUUAAUUUAAAUUUAAAAAAUAAUGAAAAUAAUUGUUCAAAUGAAGAAGAAAAAAUAAAUAAAGAAGAAAAUAAAAUUGAGGAGGAAGAAGAAGAAGAAAUUGAAGAAGAAGAAUAUUUGGAGGAAGAAGAGGAAGGCGAAAUAUUAUUAAAAAAUAAUUUAAACAAUUCAAAACAACCAAUAGAAAAAAGACAUAAAUGUGACCAAUGUGGAAAAAGAUUUCCUUAUUUUUCUAUUUUGGAGGCACAUAAACGGUGCCAUACAGGAGAGAAACCGUUUCCUUGUCAUUUUUGUGAUAAAAGUUUUGCCCAAAAAGCAACAUUACAAGUCCAUGAAAGAACACACACAGGAGAACGCCCAUACAAAUGCAAAUUUUGUGAAAAAACUUUUGCCCAAUACGGAACUAAAACUGUCCAUGAAAAAUCAGCACAUUUAGGAAUUCGAAAUUAUUUAUGUCCUUAUUGCGAUAAAAACCUUUCUUCCCCUUCUGCUUUGUAUACACACAAAAAGACGCAUGGAGAAAAGGCUUUUAAGUGUCCUGGAUGCCCCAAAACCUUUACAUUAAAAAAUUAUUUAAAAUUACAUAUUCGACAAGUCCACGAACAAACAGAAAGAAAACAUUCUUGUAAAUAUUGUGACAAAUCUUUCGCUUAUGCUGGGAGUUUACAAGUACAUUUAAGAACACAUACAGGAGAAAGACCUUUUCGAUGUAAAUUUUGCCCCAAAGCUUUUGCCAGCCAAGGAAAUUUACAAAGUCAUGAAAGAACGCAUACAGGAGAAAGGCCUUAUUUGUGUAUUGAAUGUGGACGUUCUUUUAUACAGAAAUCACAACUUACUGCUCAUGAGAGCACUCAUGCCAGUAGGAGAUCAAGUAGCAGUGGAAGCAGUUGCAGCAUUGCUAGAAAGGUCAGAAAAACAGAAAAUUCUGCCGAUUGGAAUUCAGAACAGAAUGAUCAGAAAAAUACUGAAUGGACAGAAGAGAAAAAUGUAGAACCUGUUGUUCUACAUGUUUUACAACCUCUUCGAGUAAAACACGAAGAAGCUCCUCAAUCGUCUUCAACAGACAAUAAUUUUUCUUCCUCAUCCUCCUCUACUUGUUCAACAUUUAUUAAAUCCCCUCAAAUAAUUAACAACAAUUUUUCUGAAAUUGUCCAUUGUGCUUCAGCACCCCCACAACCCUCUACUAAUUUAAUUUCUACAACAACAAAUAAUGAUAACAAUAAUAUUAAUUCUGUUAGAAAACAAUCCUUUGGAGGAAAUGGAGAUUUUGUUUGUAAAUUUUGUGGUAAACAUUAUGCUUAUGCUAGUUCGUUAUAUGUUCAUACAAGACUACACACUGGAGAGAGACCUUUUCGUUGUAAUUACUGCGACAAGGCUUUUACCAAUCAAGGAAAUAUGCAAGUACAUCUCCGCGUACAUACUGGCGAGAGACCGUUUAAAUGCGAUGGGUGUGGAAAGAGUUAUGCCCAAAAUAUUGGAUUAAAAAUACAUCAAGAACAAUGCCAAUCUUGGUUAAAUUUCCAAAAUAAUGGAAUUAAUGGUAACCAUCAAGAACAUAAUAAAACAAUAAAUAAUAAUUACAAUAAUACCUCAACAUCUUCAACUUAUUUAAAUGGAAAACCAGAACAAUUGGUUAAUAAUACGGCUAAUUCUGAUUUUUGUAGCCAUUCAAAUAAUUACCCUAUUUAUCCUUUUAUUCAAGCUCAUCAGAAUGGUAGGCGAUUAAUUCAAGUUUAUUUUUGUAUUAGUUCAUAUUUUCUAAGUUUAGUUUCUGAUAUUUCAAGAGAAACACCAACUAUUCACCAGCAACAAAUUAACGCUGCAGCUUUAUUACUCGAACAACAGCAACAACAACAACAAAUGCAAGCUAUACGUGCAUUGCUAGAUCUCUCAUCAUCAACCUCCCACCAACAACAAUUAAAUAAUAAUUUAUUAAUACACCAAUCACCUCCACCAACAUUAAUUCCUUUCCAAAAUAACCAAGAAAUCAUGAUUAAUUCUUCAAAUUUAAUUCAAAAUCAACCAUUACCACUUCACCAACAACUUAUUCAACAAUUGUUGUCAGCCCCGGUUCCAAUAGAGCAAAGUCUACCUCUAGUCCAACAAUUGCUUCAACAAUUUGGGCCGCUGGAAGAACAAAAAUUAAGUGAAGCAAUAGCUGCAAUACUUGUUGGACCUUCAUCUACUACUACAUCCUCUCAAUAUUGCAAUAGCUAA